GCAUUCUGCUACUGUAGCGUACCAACCAAAACGCUCAGCCUACACUCUCUCAACAUUAGCCUUUUAAUAUUGCAUGAAAGAAACAUACCAAGUCCUCGAUAACUUUAUUUCUUAUUUACUUGACGUAUCAGGGCUAGCUUUCUCUUCUCUGUGCAUACCCGAACUCCACAUCGACAGAAGAGCCUCUGCUGUUCAUAAUCUGUAUAGUUUCACUGUAACAUCAUGUAUUAUUUAUACAGAGUCACCACAAGAAAAUGCAUGGAUUACCCACCUGCAUUAGGUCAUGGUGGAUGGAAUGAUGAGCACGUGAAGAAAAACACAACACUGAUCUGCAUAAAAUACGGUGAAAGAAUACUGAGGCGGUGGGAAACUCCAAUCACGUGAUAUAAGAACACCCAUACCAUUGGAUAGGGCUGCAUUGGCCUUCUUGUUUUGAAUCCUCACAAUGCAGAAAGCUACUUUCUACGAUAAUUCUGGAGUCUUUGGAAGCUACUCUUACCCCAAAUCCGAGUCAUAUAGUUAUGGCUCCAGUCACCAGCCCUACUCCACUUCUAACCUUGAGAGUGAUUAUCAGGGUCCAGUUUGUCCAAUACAAACCCCAACUGUACAGCCACCAACUCAUAAAGACAAUACCAUGAAUGGAAACUGCACGAGAUCCAGUAGCAGCCAAGGAAACAGCCAACUGCCGAGUAUUCGUGAACAGCCGCAAGCGCCUCCAUUGUCGGCCUCUUCGCCUAACUCCAGCAACACUUCAUCCCAGAAGAAGAAAUCUCCCUCAAACAAUGAUUCUAAUACUGCCACCCCAGUCACUAACAAACAAAUAUUCCCUUGGAUGAAGGAGACGCGAUCGAACGCCAAACUGAAAAGCAACAGCAGCAACAACAAUUGCUCAACCGCAGAAGGUGAGUCCUGCGAUGAAAAAAGCCCACCUGGUCCAGCCUCCAAACGGGUCCGAACUGCUUACACCAGUGCACAACUUGUAGAACUUGAGAAGGAGUUCCAUUUCAACCGGUACCUGUGUCGUCCCCGAAGAGUGGAGAUGGCUAAUUUAUUGAAUCUCACUGAGCGCCAAAUAAAGAUCUGGUUUCAAAACAGAAGGAUGAAGUACAAAAAGGAUCAGAAGGCUAAGGGGAUAAUGCACUCUCCCAUCGGACACUCCCCGGACAGAAGCCCACCAUUAAGUGGCCCAAAUCACAUCGGAUAUUCUGUCAACGUAAACUGUCUCAGCUAUGACGCACCGUCGCCCCCUUCAUUCGCCAAACCCCAGCAAAACAUGUACGGCUUGGCAGCUUACACGGCACCAUUAGGUGGCUGUAUACCGCAACAGAAAAGGUAUCCGGGCUCCGAAUACGAGCACCACAGCAUGCAAGGCAAUGGUAGCUUUGCCAACGCUAAUUUGCAAGGCAGUCCGGUGUACGUUGGGGGAAAUUUCGUUGAUUCCAUGCCAGCCUCGGGUCCCAUGUUCAACCUCGGUCAUCUACCCCAUCCCUCAUCCGCCAGCGUGGACUACAGCUGUGCCGCUCAGAUUCCAGGCAACCACCACCAUGGACCCUGUGAUCCCCAUCCCACAUAUACAGACCUCAGCUCUCACCAUGCGUCUCAGGGAAGGAUUCAGGAAGCGCCUAAACUAACGCAUUUGUAAAAUGUGAGGAUUUUGUCUGUGCCCAAAUUCUGUUAGGCUCUUUUAUUAUCUCAGUAGUCUCAAGUCAUUUAUAUGAUUACACUAAAAGUGAGCCAUGUAUUACCAGUGUUAUUAUUGAUAUUACUAUUAAUGCUAUUGUGUAAUAAUUACUUUCUAAGAAUAUGUCUGGGCCAUUUUUCUUGACUGUUGAGGAUGUGCAGGAGAGACCGUUUGUCUGUUGAGGAUGCGCAGGAGAGACCGUUUGUCUGUUGAGGAUGCGCAGGAGAGACCGUUUGUCUGUUGAGGAUGCGCAGGAGAGACCGUUUGUCUGUUGAGGAUGCGCAGGAGAGACCGUUUGUCUGUUGAGGAUGCGCAGGAGAGACCGUUUGUCUGUUGAGGAUGCGCAGGAGAGACCGUUUGUCUGUUGAGGAUGCGCAGGAGAGACCGUUUGUCUGUUGAGGAUGCGCAGGGGAGACCGUUUGUCUGUUGUUCGUUUUCUGAAGUGCAAUGCGCAGUAUUGGGGACGGAAAACGUCAUUAACAUUACUUGAAGGUAAGUCCUGUAGAUCUGACAGUAGUUACCCAUCUUUAUAGGGAUGGGUUUUUAUAAAAAUAAAAAAAGCUCUAAGGUGUCUGUUUGCUAUAUUUGAAGCGUCUUAUUUAUUUUUCCAAGAUUGUAUUGCAUUUAUCUAAUUUUCUGUAUGUAUUAUUUAAGGUUUUUGUAUUACACAUUAUUUAUAAUUUACAUGUAUGACUAUUUAUAUGGACAUCUAGAAUGUAUGCAACAUCGUUGGACAGACUUUGACAUCAUGGCCCUUCAAUAGGUACACGGGUUUUUGGUGAAUGCUUGUUUUAAAAUAUGGUGGUCUUAGGUUUGUUGUAGAAGGAACUCCUACGUGUAAAUCUGGGAAUAUUGGGGAAUUUUUCACGUGUCUCUAUGAAAAACAAAGUUAGGCUACAUGUAGCCCUAUCGAAAUACCGAAUAUUACAGAAAUGAAUCACACCAGUAUGUCAUUUGUUGUCAUUGCCAAUUUUCAUAUCAGGUCAUUGUCAUUUCAUCAGUUGGACUGUCCAUGCAUACAUUUAUGAAACGCUAAUGAUAUGAAAAUGUUAUAUUUUAAUGUGUUUAACAUUUUGUAAAUAAAGUGCUUAAAUUUA